ACUGAAUAGGCCCUUAGAUUUUCUUGGUAUUGUUACUUUAGAAGUUGUACAGUGAGCAUUGAAAAAUUUUUUCGUCUUUUAAUAUUUCAAUAAUUAGAAGACAGAUAAGUCAAUAAUAAAAUAGUGAGUGAGUGAAAAAAUGAGUGAUCAUUACAAGGAUUUAAUUAAAAUGAUGGAAGAAGCUUAUGUGCUUCUUUCAUCGUUGAGUGGACCAUGUAAAGAUGAAGCUGUAAACAAAUGGUUGGAGAUAGGAGAUAGAAACAUUGCAUCAUUAAAUCGACAAUUGCGAGGUAGUUUAUCAGUUGGUGAAAAGAUGAAAAUUCAAUCCACAAUUCUCAUUCUUAAAACACUUUGUGAAAAAAUUAUCUACGAGCAAAAUUAUGUGCAAGGGGGUGAUCUCCAACAUGAUGUAGAAAGACCAAGUCCAUCAGUGGUUUGGAGAGAGGAAGAAAAUGUAUUUGAACUUCGGAUUUCUACUGGAUCAAUUGUUAAUUUAAAACACGUGAAUUUAAGGGAUUUUCUUAAUGAUGCAAAAGUAAUUCUUUGUGAAAAAUUUAAACAAAUAAUUGACAAUAAUGGCAGCAUAAAAGUGAACUUUUCUUUGGCGUGCAAGUUCAAUAAUGUUAAAGAUGGUGAAUUUAUUGAAGAAAUAAAAUAUUUCACAACGCCAAAUGAACUAUUUAUGCCGUCAAGUGACAUAGAAGGAAUUAUAGUGAAGAAAGUCAUUGAUGUUUUAUUAGCAAAAGUUGAGGACUUUGAAGAAAGAGAUUCAGGAUGGUCCAUGGUGGAAAUUGUGCAUCUCCAAGUGAACAUCAAUAGGUAUGAUCCAUUAGCAGCAGGAGCAUCAACUUUCAUCCCCCUACCAAAGUUCAUUCAAGAUAGAAAGCAGUACUAAACAUCAAAAAUAAUGACCAAUGCUGCUUUCUUUGGGCAGUUACUGCAGCUCUGCAUUACUCAACAGUUCUCCAGUAUGAAGGUAUCAAUUGUCCAACAACUCUACAU